AUGGCUCUCGCGUCUGGGACGAUCAUCGUGGCGACUUCGACAUUCGGCAUCGUAACCUUCUGGUAUCCGCAUUUUGCGCCGCAGCAGUGGCAGGUAUAUCUGUGCUAUGUCUUGACUAUGGCGUUGAGCUUAAUUCCCGUCUUUGCCAUCCCUCAUAAGCAUGUGGAUCGUCUGGCCAAUUCUGCCAUGUUUCUCUCUAUCCUCGGGUUCUUGAUGGUAAUCAUCACUUGUCUGGUGAUGGGAAGAAAUCACUACCAUCCCGAGAUGCUUACUGAAUAUCAUGGGGCAAGCGGAUGGACCAAAGUGCCCUCGUGGUUACUGAGCAUCAAUCUCGCUCAGUAUGCCUAUGUAGGCAACGGUGCUGUCACGCAUAUAGCAGAAGAGAUGCCUCGACCAGGCCGCAAGCUUCCCCUGGUGAUGAACAUCGCCAUGCUCAUAGGCGUUGUCACAGCUAUUCCCUGUGCAAUCGUCAUGAUAAACUGUAUCGAAGAUAUCACCGCCGUUCAGAACGCCUUCUUUCCCUCGCUGGAGAUAUUCUAUCAAGCCACUCAUAGUAGAAAAGCCGCUACGGCACUCCAAGCCUAUCUCGUUCUUCUCUACUACACCUGUCUCCCGAGCCAAUGGAUCACAAGCAGUCGAAUUGCAUGGGCAUUUUCCCGCGACUGUGGCCUCCCCUUAUCCUCCUACUGGAACCACGUCUCGCCUAAAUUCCACAUUCCCGUACGCACCAUCUUCCUAACUACCGUCUUCGUCCUCAUGUAUGGCCUCCUCUACAUCGCUAGCACAGACGCAUUCAACUCCAUUCUGAACCUAACCGUCAUGUUCCUGACAUUCACCUACACCGCUCCACAAGCGAUUCUCCUCUGUGGUCGACGUGGUCGUCUGCCUCGUCGUCCAUUCGAUUUGGGACGGUACGGGUAUGCGGUCAAUGCGUUCUCCGUGGCGUGUUUUCUCUUCACGUUGGUGUUCGUGUGUUUUCCGAUGAGGUUGCCGACGUCGGCGGGGAAGAUGAAUUAUGGGUCGGCUGUGGUGGUGGGGGUUUUCGUUCUCGUGUUGUUGAUGUGGAGUGACAGACGGAAGAAGUUUGCAGGACCGAAGAUCGAUUGGGAUAUGUUGAAACGGACGAUGAAUUAG